AUGCACUCCUCCCUCAACCGCUUACAAGCCGUGUUCGGCUUCUUCACCACCGUUGCGCUAGUAGUCGCCUGCCUCGCCGCGGUCUCAGUGGUUGUAUUCCCCAGCGAUGCCACGGCGUCCGUUUCGCUGAAGAACGUCCAAGUAACAAAGGGCCGGCCACACUACUACUCGACGAAACGCGAGGAAUACGCCCAACUCCGCUUCGAUCUCGACGCAGACCUAACCCCCCUCUUCAACUGGAAUACCAAGCAACUCUUCGUCUACGUCUACGCUACCUACUCCUCCUCCGAUAAGACGAAUACCCUUGUCCGUCCCUCUGAGGCUAUCAUCUGGGAUUCCAUCAUCGACGCCUCGCCCUCCCCUUACUCGUGGGACGUGUUGAAAGAAAAGGCCCUCUCGGUGCUUCCCGCCUCAGUUACCGGAAAGUCAAAGCGCACGACUAAGAAGGCGAAGCCGAGCAAGAAGAAUGUGAAGAAGAAGGAGGAGGAGGCUCAGCCGGGUGUGAUGAGGCUGAGGGGGCAGAAGGCGAAGUAUCAGAUUAAUGAUAUUACGGGAAGACUUGCGGAGAGGGGGAAUGUUACGCUUUCCGUGGGGUGGAACGUGCAGCCUUGGGUUGGUGCUCUGUGGUGGGCGCCUGCUACUGGGGCGGUGCCGAGGACGGAGGGGACUAUUGUUUCCAGUGAGGCGUUUGAUUUCCCGGCGCUGAAGGGGAAGAAGGUGGAGGGGCAGCAGGAGAGUGUUUAG